CUUACUUUUGUGUUCCUGAUGUAGCCCUUUCAUCCACGCUAACGUUUAUCCAUUGCCGAAAUGUAUCAUAGUAGAUAUUACCUCUCAGCUGCUACCAUCUUUGCCCUGUUGCUUGCAAGUACUUACGUUUUCCUCAGCUCAGCUCAACACGCCUGCGUGCAACCUCGUCAAGGCGUUUGCGACGAUGUUGCAAUCCGCAGUCAAAGGCUAGGACCUGCCGCCACAUCAGGAGACCCAAAGCCGAAUACAUGGGCAUGGCUUAGGAAAUUGCAAGAGGAGGAAAGGGCUGCCGAGAAUGCCAGGAAAGGCAUCGCUGUCGGCUCCGACUCUCACCUGACCAGCACGCAGGAGUCCAACUUUAACGUUGCUUCAGCACCUCCAGGAGCCAGGCAUGGUACCAAUCCCUCUGAAUCUCAUCAAGAGACUCUUCAAAGCAGCUUGGGGCACGCCCGAACUUCUCUAAGCAAGCGAGAACUCGUGGGACUGACCGGCGUUGCCUUCCUAUGCGGUCUGCUCAUCGGCUUAAUUGCGGGCAUAAGCAUCGGCGCUGUUUGGGCUAGAAGGAGCACCCUAUCUAACGCAAGCCCUCAUCCGGCUGGCCCAGCAAGUAACAAAACAUCGAAAGGACUGUGCAGCGAAAUGCCUGUCCCAGUACUCCCUGACGACGUUGUAGCCAAAAUUGAGGCUAUUCCCAAGGCAGCCGUUAACGAUGCUGGGGGAAAUGUUCCGCCCGUUGGGCGUGGUGAUGUCUGCGCCAAAGACAGCGAGGGUAGCAGCACGUGGAACUGCGGAACAGGGGAGGCGUCAACCAGCAAGCCAUGUGAUCCGUCCCCAAUAACUAAGCGCACCGUGAGGGUUGCAGCGCCCGCCGACAAGGGUGCUGUCUUCGAGCCAGGAGAGGAGGGCAGCGGUGACAAUUUCAUAGCCGCAGCGCGUGUGCCUUCGGCCACUCCUUCUGACGAACUACGACCAACAGCAACAGCAAAAUGUGACGCCAAGACCCCGUGGCGGCAACGGCCUGCUCCUCUCGAUGUGGCUGCCACGCCGGUCGGUGCUGCCAGCGGCGGCCAGACGCCUCCGCCUGCGCAGACCACCUGCACUACGCCCUCUUCUAGGCGUCGGUCUCCACUGGCCUCCCCGACAGGGGUCAUGUAUAGCGUGGCGGCAUCGAUGCUCGCCAUGCUAGCUGGUCGAGCGGACAAGCUCGCAGAACGCACUGUCCUGGAGGAUAUGGCAGCGGAGCUGCGGCAAGGUCAGCGCCAUGACACCAGGCAGCGCCGUGCGGUCGCACCCGAAGAGGGGACUACGCCGCUACCCGCCAUGCACCUCCCGACCCAAGACGAAGCAGACGAGCCGCAGACGACCCAUGGGUCCAAGCCGCCGCUGGCACCCAGUUACCGUGGCACUGCCAGCAGCGCAUGGGGCUCUGUCGGCAGGUCAGGCGGUGCACCUUCGUCCGCAACCGUACCGAGGUCUGGGGUUGGGUGCCAUGGACGGCAGCAGCAGCAGCCCCGUGCGCCGACCUUCUCUAGCGCUACCCAGGGCCAGCCUCGGCUGCCGACGUUACCUGAGGAGGGGCAGGCGUACUCCCAACAGCAUGCCAUGACGCAGCUGGGCUUUGUUGCAGAUCCGCUACAACAGCAGGCGGUCAUUCCAAUGCUGCACGAUCCGUCACGUAUGAUGUGUGCUACGGAUGGGCCAAUGUGCAGGACGGAGUCUGGUUUCUCGGACGCUCUCAUGAAAGACUUCUCGGCCUCUGUCGCCAAGGACGUUUCGGCCAAUGUCAUGGAGCGCCUUGAAGAAAAGUUCAAGGACCUUGGCGGCAACUUGCGGGAUAACACAGAAGUGACACGGGCGGUCAUGGCGCAGCGUGGCAUGAAAGAGCAGCGGUUAGCGGUGCGGGACGCCAUGACGCGCGGCAUCUGGAUCAGCCUGAUUGUCUUGGGGUUUGGCUCGUGGAUGUGGGGCCGCUGGGAGGAGGUGUCCAGGCGCUGCGCAGCCGACCCAGGGCCCUGGGCGCCGGCAACGUCAGCUGGUGCAGGCGCCGCGCCGGGAUACAAGUUCCUGCUGUCGCCUUCCUGGUGGUUUUCCCGAGCGUUGGGGCUGCCAACAGCGCAGUCCGUCUUGGGCGUCACCCACGGGGCGGUGUCGGGCUGGCUGCACUGGCCCUAUGUGUCAACGACGCUCUGUCACAUCCACGAGAUAGGGCUCUGGGGCGUCGGGUGCAUCUUUCUGUUCUACUGCAUGGUACCUCUCAUCCGAUGGGCCAUCUCCAUUUCCACGCCACACUCGUUUGUGAUCGACAUCCCUCUCAUCUUUGGCAUCGUGUGUGCUGUACCGGGCUGCAUCGCGGUCCACUACCUGGGUGGCGCUUGGACGGUGUGGCUGGCGUCGUGGUGGGUCUGGUGCGCAGUCGCCUUCGCACUGCAUGUACAGCAAACGCGGUUCGCAUGGUUGGCAUCUUACAUGCUGGCGAUUGUGGCACCGGUGGUGAUGGGGACGCUACCGUACGCAUCCUGGAUUAGGCAAGUGCAUUUCGGGAUGGAGGAUUGGGCGUUCUUUCUUAUGCGGCACGCCUUGCGCUUGCUCGGAAAGCGGACCGAGGCGGAAACCGAGGCGUUCCUGGCUGGCAACGCGUUCCUGUCGUAACACUCUUGCUCCUACGGACGCAGGGUUUGCGGUGUGAGGGGCUGGAUGUGCGGGAGGGUGCUUAUGAAGCAUGCGGGAUUGCAAGACGCGGGGCAAAGACUAGGCGCGGGGGUUAGUGGGGAAUUUCCCAGCCGCAGGCGAUGGCAGGAUGACAUGAACCUUGUGCUUGGUUGGUUGGUCGGUCGCAGCGAGGGCCGUCAUGUGAAGGAAUCGAGCUGCUAGCCCACGUUGGAAGAGGUGGCGUGUUUUCGGGUAUGCAGGAGUCAGGGGGCAUGGUGGCCAUUCAUAGUUUCGGACUUUCAAGUGUCUUUUCUGCACAGCUGUUCCGAUAGGACGCAGGUGACAGGGACGCUCCUUGUGUUAAGAGCGGGUAUGCAUUAAUUCGUAGCAGUAUAUGCGUGCUUAGAGCAAGUGAUGGGGCCCACCUUCCGUUAGAACAUAUAGAGGACGUUAGUAUGUUAGUAUAGGACUCAGGUGUAUAUACCGGUAGAUUUAGCCUGGCAAGGGUCUUGGGGGCUUUGCGCCAUCCUUCUUUCACUCUAGGCACGAGGUUAGGGGCUUACUAGGCCUCGAUUUCCUGAAGAUCCAUGGGUGGGAGGAUCUAUGGAACGGGUUGAACUAAGAACGUGCGGAUAGAUAUUGUGCGUGUCGUGUACCGUACAUGUAUAGAACUCAUUUGGGUCUGGAAAGGAAGGGCCGUAAGGUCGAUAGACUGGAUUCCAAAUGUGGUGUCAUUCCGGAUACUUGCAUGUCUACAGCAUUACUUGGUAUGGCUUGGCGUUCAUACGAGUACAGUCAACGAGCUAUAGCGAGGGUAGCCUGCUUUUGCAGAGGGAGUGAUCCCUCUGCACAGGACAUGUGUGUUCUCUUUGACCUUACGCCGAUAUGCCUCAGUCUGGUGAAGACGCGGCGGCGCAGGCGUGACGGCUUCGCAGUAGGGUGGCAGUAGCCACAGCAGUGAGUUUGAUUAGCGCUAGCCGUUAUGCCCACUGGAAAUGCAUGCAAGACGCUGGGUGUUUUUCUGUGGCCACUUUUGUAGUCUAAUCGUUGGC